GUUCUCAGUAACUCUGCAUAAACUCACCAUUAUUGUCUGAACCCAAGUUAGUAAGAAUAAUGCGAUAAUGAGUUGAAAAUAUGAUAAUAUAUUCCACUCAGGAAUAAUAAUUUACUUCCAGGAAAUUAACCCUGAUCAAUGCUGAAUUGCCGUAAACCGUUAUUCUUUAAACUCACUGAAACACAUUAGUGGUGCACUUAUUAACCGUUAACAAUUGCAAGUAAUUGUGCGUCAAUUAAACUGUGUUCUUGGAAAAUAAAACAAACUGAAUAUUAAUGAUUUACUGGCUCUUGCAACUCGUAACAGCGGUUUUAUUGUUGGAUAUACCUGAACAUUUAUCUGAUGCAUCAAAGCGAAACGGUGUUCAAAAUUUGAUGUAACAUUCUGAGUUCGAAUAUAAGGAAAAAUGAAGACGAAAAAAGAAAUUAUGGCAGAGGGAUUUCAAGAUUUUUCAUCUCAAACAACCAUACAUGGCUUGAAUAUUAUAGGAAUGCCUAAACUGCAUAUUUUCGAGAGGAUAUUGUGGAUUUUUAUUGUAUCUUGUGCUUUGGUAGCAGCAAUAUCUCUAACAUUAUCGAGCUUGAAAAGGUAUUCCGAAAAUCCAACGGUGGUUUCACUAGAAAAAGAUUACAGGAACUGGAUGAACCCAUUCCCUGCAGUUACAGGCUGUUUCGUGAACAAAACAAACCUCGAAAAAGUUGCAGAUUAUAUAAAAACGAGAUGGGGAGUUACAGAUUCCGAUGAAAAAUUCGGGUAUUACUCGGACUUUGUAACAAUUGUUGCAAAUACGUCUUAUGAAACAUUGUACCGUUAUGAGAAGUUUAUGGAUGAUCAAACACUCAACAAUAUUGAUUUGCUGGAAUUGUCCAGUGCUGUUCAUCCAAAUCUUGUUGGAACUCUGGUAACUUUCGAACACAAGAGGAAGCCAAAAUGGAGUGUUGUUAUAACCGAAAUGGGUAUUUGCUUUACGGUCAAUAGUAAAUUCGCACCACUGCUGAAAAUAAAAAAUCAGUUGAGCAAUGAAACAGACGAUAGUGAUGAAAUUCACAUUCUUCGCUGUCAUUAUUUGAACGGUUUGUGUUACGCCAGAUAUGAUUCAGAUCCAACACUGGCAGUGAAGUACUACAUCCAUUCUUAUCUGGAUAUUUUACAUGCAACAUCUGACGAGCCAGUUAUUGUUGAGGAGAGUCAAGAGAUGGAUAUCAGCUUCAGAAUGCAAGAAACAACAUCAAGUGCGUCUUUGAAGGAUUUAUCGCCCCUACAAAGGGGGUGUCGUUUUUACGACGAACCUUUAAACCCCGAUCUGAAAGUUUACAGCACCAGUUUGUGUUACAUGCAAUGUAGGGAAGAAAUAGCUUUGAAACUUUGUGGCUGUACUCCAUUUUUUUAUAUCAUCGGGAGACGUGGAAAAACAUGUGAUAUCAAAGGCAUGGUUUGUUUGUCUAAAAAUUUACAUAUCCUACUCAAAAAUCCAUCAGAAUUGAAUUGCGUAUGUCCUCAAGCAUGCCAUCUCAUAACUUAUAUAAAACAGGUACCAAAGGUGACAAAAUGGGAAUAUGGAUAUUUCGAUCAAAGAAUAACUUUUAGAUGGGGUCUCAUUCCACCAACUACAAAAUACAUAAGAGAUGUGAUUUUUGGCAUUGAUAGUUUAGUCGCUUCCUCUGGAGGAACAGUUUCCCUCUUUCUUGGCAUGAGUGUAAUUGGCUUGAUAGAAUUCUUUUAUUUGAUUCUAGAAAAUUUGGUGAAGUGUUGUAUUAGGUUCAAGAGGAAUAAAAAGGUUAAAACGAAUGGCAGAAAAUUUGUGAAUUGAAAGACUUUGUAUUUUACAAUUGUUCAAUUCCAGAAUGAAUGAAUACAGCAUAUUGAACAAUAA